AUGCCAGCCACAAUGGAGAAGUGUUCCCGUAUAGCAGUCCUUGGGGCCCGGAAGGUCGGUAAAACAUGCCUGAUAAAGCAGAUACUGAAAAGAGGCUUCAGAGAAAAGGAUGACCCAAACACAGAGAGAAUGUUCAGGUAUGACAUUCACACAUCUAAGAACAAAUACACCAAAUUGGAGAUUCUGGACACGGCAGGCGACUUCGAGUACCUGGACCUCCUCAAAGAAGCGGUAAAGACCAGCCAUGCUUUUGCACUGGUAUUUGACCUUGAUAAUGCCAUGCAGACUUUCAGAGAGAUCGAAGCUUUACGACAACUGAUUCUUGAAGAGAAGCGAGAACAAGUUCCUAUUAUUGUUGUUGGUAACAAAUCGGACUUGAUACAAGAAGACACUAUCGAUAACAAAGUUAUUGAUGCUAUUGUUUCUAUUGACUGGGGCUGUACCUAUCUUACAACAUCAGCCAAAUGUGAUGUAAACGUUUCAGAUGUAUAUAGCGCUGUAUGUAAAGAACUUAAUAUUGUAAUUGAACCAAGGCCAGAUGAAAACGAAGUUUGUAGGGAAGUCAAAAAACAGAAUGCAAAACCUUGGCAGCGCAUAUCUUUACGCAGAAGACGUUUUUCUGUAAAAUCAUUUUAA